GCGUUUGUGUUCGAUCCCACAGAACUCGGCCUGUCUCUGUCCUUCGGCGUGGAGGUCUUUGAGCCCGGUCACCACACCCCCCUCCACAUCCAUAAGGCCGCACACGAGCUGUUCUUUGUGUUGGCGGGCGAGGGGGUCGCCUUCUGCAACGGCCAGCGCUUCCCCGUGCGCGCCGGGGACUGUGUGGUGUUCCCUCCUCGCGCGGUUCACGGUAUUGACAACACCAGCACCGGCAGCAAGCUCUACUGUCUGCAGCUCAUGACGCCCAACGAGUCGUUUGUGGAACACGUCAAGUCGGGG